UCUCCGCGAGGAGAGCACCCGAGAAGGGAGGGGGGAGGAACGGACCCCCUCCGUUCUAACGGGCCUGAUUGGGCGACUGGGGUUCCAAAGGGGUGUGGCUGGCUUUGGCCGAGGGUUAUAAAAACGUUCGCUGGGCACCGGCCACCCUCAUUAAAGUGAGGGUGGCAUAAGCGAGUUGGUAACAGCGUGGAGAAGGAGGAGGGUGGGGGGGACGUAUGGUUUCCCCCCCGUAAAUGCAUGGGAGAGGUAGAACUUCUUAAACCCUAGUAUCUAGCGUGUUCUCAAUAGGGGUAGGGGGCUCCUGACCCAAGUUAGGAGCAGGCGCAGGAUCAGAAGCAUUUUAGGUGUAGGCUAAGGUGCGUAUGUGAGCCCUCUAAAGAUUAGGGUUACAUUGUGCUGUUCUACAAUCCUCUGUGCAGACCCUACACAAUGAAUUCCAAUGUAGAAAAUUUGCCUCCCCACGUGAUUCGGCUGGUCUAUAGGGAAGUCUCCACUCUGACCUCAGACCCACCUGAAGGCAUCAAAGUAUUCCCCAAUGAGGAGGACAUCACAGAUGUGCAAGUUACCAUUGAAGGACCUGAGGGUACCCCAUAUUCCGGUGGCCUCUUCCGCAUGAAGCUCAUCCUUGGCAAAGACUUUCCAGCCAGCCCACCAAAAGGCUACUUCCUGACCAAAAUAUUCCACCCCAAUGUGGGGGCCAAUGGCGAGAUCUGCGUCAACGUUCUCAAGAAGGACUGGAAAGCGGAACUGGGCAUCCGACAUGUCCUGCUGACCAUCAAGUGUCUGCUGAUCCAUCCCAAUCCAGAAUCGGCCCUGAACGAGGAAGCAGGGCGCCUCCUGCUGGAGAACUAUGAGGAAUAUGCCUCCCGGGCCCGCCUCCUGACGGAGAUCCAUGCCCAGCCUUCGUCCGGCCUGCGCACCAAGGACCCUGCCGAGCCUUGCUCUUCUUCGGCCGGUGCCUCUGGGGAAGGCCCCAUGGCUAAGAAACAUGCAGGCGACAGGGACAAGAAACUGGCCUCCAAGAAGAAGACCGACAAGAAGCGAGCUCUCCGGCGGCUUUAGGGGGCAGCGAGGAUGGGGUGGGGUCUGGCACACGGGGUGGGUGUGGUGGGUGUUGGGGUUCCACAAGUACAUUCUCCAUUUCUCUUCUCUCCUCCUCUCCCACCUUCACGUUGAGGCUGCAGUCCAACUCGCCCUUGUCAGAUUUUUCUUCUUUUCCGUCUUUAAGUUAUUUAAAUUAUAAAAGCAGGAAAAUCUAUUAAAUGCCUUUUUUUUCUUAAGAAGGCUCUUAAUGUUUGGUUGUGCCAUCAUCUAAACCAGCAGCCCACGUUGAGAAUACUCUGCCCGUACCGUUAAAAAGGAUGUUAAUAGAACCGCAGAAGAGCAUCGAAAUAAGAGGAUCAGAAAUGGGGAGCAUCUUCCUUUUUGACGGAGGGCAUUAAAAAGAGGUUGCUGCUUUGCGGUUUAAGGGGAGAAAGAUAUCAAAGAAGAGACUUUAUAGAGGUAGAUACGAUUGUGAACCGUGAGGAGCAGGUAAAGGGAAAGAGGAUUCUUUACUGUUGGACUUCAGGAUUAUGGUACUUUGCUGAAAUUGGUUGAUGAAGGAUAACGAGAAUGUUUCUCUGCACAACACAUAAUUAAGGAAUUCAUUGCUCCGAGUUGUGGUUUUGACCACUAACUUAGUUGUUUGUUUGUUUUAAAAAGGAAGCUAGGCAAAUCUAAGCAAAGAAGGGUCUUUCUAUGUGUGUGCUAGCCAUGCAAGCUAAAUGUGAUCUCUGUUUAGAGGCAGUAUGUUGGGGUGGCCCUGGGUUUUCCUGGGAACAUCUGGUUAGCUGCUUUUCAGGCCUUUGGCCUGAUCCAGCAAGGGAGUUCUUAAGGCAAGUCAGCCGAGUGGAGUGAUCUCCCUCUGUGUCCAAAUGAAUUCGCUCAUUCAAAAUACUGGCCUCUGCAUCCCUUACCACCGCGGCCGCUUAAAUUGUCCUAUGCCACCGGUGUUAAGCUACCUUGAUGUGGGAAGAGGUGAUGACAUGAGGGGCAUCCGAACUGUUUCACACAUUAGCUGGCAAGCACUUAAGUGAUUUAAUGGAACGUGUGAAUUUCUUCUCCAUCAGUGUCCCAAUUGUAUGCAUUUGUGUCAUAAAAAUGUGGUUGCAGCUUGGGACAAUACUAGUACGGUUGUCCUUAUCCAGUUCUGUAGUUUAUACGUAUACACACACACACACACACACACACACACACACACACACCCCUCAGCAGUACACAACAUGCCAGCCGCGUAAGGUAGCCCACAUGUUUUUUUUUAAGGGCCUUGUGGUGUAUCCUCUGGCUGGCACAGCAGCAAGCAGUCAAGAGGCUGUUUGGUUUUACAGGUCUUCACAGUUCCUUGUAUGCUAAUAUGCACACACAUUUCUCAUGGGCUGUACCGCAUGGUGUGUGCUUCUUUGUACACACAGAAUUUUAACAACUGUCUUCCCUCCCACAACUGCCACCACAGGGCUAGGGGAAAACAGAUCUGGCUUUUUAGAAGUGUUUUUCUUCCUCCGAAGUUUUUCCUCUGUAGCUUAUAUUUACUAUUUUAUUAAAUAAUUUUUAAUAAUGUUUAUUUGAAAUAUUUUCGUGUAAAGACAUUUUGAGGUUCACCUGAAGAGCAGUAUAUAAAUAUUUUAAAUAUUUUUUGAAUAUACUGCUUUUCUAAAAGACAUGGUGCAGAGUGGUGUGCAAAAUUAAAAACAGAAAAGCAAUAAAGUUACAAUUCAGUUGCAGUUCAACAAUCUAAAACUAUCGACAAACACCUGUUGCCCAGUAGGGGCUAUGAAACAUUUUAAAACUGCACUAAAAGCCUUUGUUGAAAUAAGUCUUCAAGAGAAGGACAAGAACGAGAAAGCCUGGCACCACCAACAGGAAGGCCCUGUCUCUGGCACUUGGGCCUUUCAACUUCAUGUGUUGGUGGGACAGCAAACAAGGUUCUUGAACUUGAUCUUAAUUGCGAUGCAAGUUUAUAUAGGCAUAGAUAAGGCAACUUGAUACCAGGCAGGAAUGUUUCAGUGUGAGUUGAUGCCAUCCUUUUGGACUUGGUUUUAAAUUUUGUUUAGUUGGGAAAAGUCAAGGUGGUUCAGAUUUGCACUUGGCGAACUCUCUAAAUGGCUUGUCACCAAAUGUAGGUCACAGAUAAGUCAUUCUGCCAAUUCAAACUGGGUUCAUCUACUAACCAGCAUAAAUGUUAGCUGAGCACAUAAAGUUAUAUGGCAAAUUAAGUAAUCUGAUGAACUCUUGGGUAAGCUUGAUUUUGGAGGUAUGGAUAUAAAAAGUUCCUGAAAUGAGGCUGAAAACCAGUCUUAUAAUGCAACACUGAAAGUUGAACAACUGAAAUGGACACUGGCUGGAGCAUCUCUCCUAUGAGGAAAAGCUAUAUUGGGAGCUUUUCAGUUUGGUGGAAGGGGUACAGUAUUUAUUUUUGGCAUGCCUAUGCUGCCCCCAUUACCAGAGUCCUAAUCCAGCGAAACUGAGAAUCCAGGGUGAGAGGAAGUACUUCAGACAGUUCACAGAUAACUGGCAUUCACAGCCACAAGAUAUGACUACCACAAAUUUAAAUGACUUAAAGUGGAUUAGAAAAAUUCAUGGAAGGUAAAGCUGAUACUGAGACAACUAGUCAUUCUAUCUCCAAAUUUGUAGUCUGAACCUCUGAAUUUCCAUUUGCUUUGGAGCAGUAAUGGGAAGAGGGCUGUUGCCCCAGUGUCAUGCUUGUGGGGCUCUCAGAAACAUACUUGGCCAUUGUGAGAAGGAUUCUGUACUGGGCUAAAGAAGCAGGACUUUUCUUACGUUCUUACCGCAUUUUGGAUGUAGGAAUAUACUGAACCAGUGGAGGGCAGCACUGUCCUUGAUUAUCUUCCUUUUUUCUGUUUUAGCUAAGUUUCUUUGGUGAGCCAUACAGAACGUUGUUGGUAACGGAAAUUGCCUGGGGGUAGUGUGCCUUUCCCUCACCACACUUGGCAAGUUUCCUGUGUAUAAAUUUUGCUUUAUGCGCAGAUUUUACAGAGGUGGCCCAGGACAUUUUGCUGCCUGAAGACAGAGCAACAAAUGGUCCCACUGCUCUCCCUGCUGUCACCCAAGUCAAGGCACAGAGUCACCCAGGCCAGUCUAGUUAAUUUUGGCACCUAAGGUCAAAAAUCCAGUAUGAGCCUCUCCCCGCAACUUGGCAACAAAAAUACGGUAAUACGGACAAUUUACUGUCCUUUUGAGAUGCUCAAAAAAUCUGCCUGAGGUGGCCACCCCAGUCGACCUAAUGGUAGGACCGGCUCUGAUUGGACGGAAGGAUAAAGGUGAAAACUUAACUGCAGAUUUUUGGAUCCGGUCCUGAAAUAGUUUGCUUCAGUGGUAAAUUGGGUAAGGGCUAUUUUAGUUAAUAGUCGUCUUAAUAAUAAUAAUAAUAAUAAUAAUAAUAAUAAUUUAUUUAUACUCCGCCCACCUGGCUGGGUUUCCCCAGCCACUCUGGGCAGCUUCCCACAGAAAUAUUAAAAUACACUAAUUUCUUAAAGAUUGAAAGCUUCCCUAAACAGGGCUGCCUUCAGAUGUCCUCUAAAAGUCUGGUAGUUAUUUUUCUUUUUGACAUCUGGUGGGAGGGCAUUUCUUAAUUCAAAGCUGGAGAAUAUUCACACGCUUAUAAAUUUCCUCAUGAUGAGAAAUGUAUCCUGCCUGUUCCCUCUCAGGCCCUGUCAUCCAUCCAUUCUCCCCAGCUUGCUACAUGCCCCACAGUUAAUAGGGGUCCCUGGUGGAUAAUGGCUUGGGAGGGGAAUGGGCAAGAGAAGCUGUGGCUGCCUAGUGUCCUGCUGCAGCAGGGGAUUUAAAGGCAUGCGUGUUCUCUGAACCUGGCAGCCUUAAUUCCUUCUCUCCCACCUCUUAGACAUGACUGCAAAGAACCACAAGUCUUGAAUUCCUGGACGUUGGCCCCCUUUGCCCACCCCACCCCUUGUGUGUUUUAGUUUAAUUCGAGUGGAUAAAUGAGGAACUCUGGAGAAGCAUCCUUAAAUAUAGUUAGACCAUUGGUCUGUCUCUACACUGACUGGCAGCGGCUUUCCAUUGUAUUCAAAAUCUACCUGAAGGUGCUAGUGAUUGAAACUGGGAUUUUCUGUACAAGGCAGAUGCUCCACCACCUUCUGCCUGGAAGUUUGACACAAUCACUUGUUCUUUCUUUUCCCAACUCAGUUGAGCUACCGGUAGUAUUUAGCUUAUUUUCAGUGAUAGGCCUCAGGCCUUUGGCAUGAGAGAAGGCAUAACAUGUAUCUGAGCAUGUGCAGAUGAUGCUUUCCAGCACUGAGGAAUCACGAAAAACUCCCACAUAUCUAAAAUCAGUAACAAAGGCAUAGUUUGGCCUGGCUUGCAGCUAUUUUUGAGCUUUGCCUGCCUUGAUUUAGAAAUUAAACCGCCGCCUCAGAUACAGUACAGGGAUUGUUGCUGCCAUUUUCCAUACUGCCCACCAGGUGGCACCACUUUGUCAUGUUCAAAGCAAGAACUGGGGAUUGAGUGCUGUUUUCAUUGUACCAGUUUAGCUCUUUCUGCGUUUUCGUAAUUGGUUUUGCGCUGAUUCCUUGUAAUUUUUAGCGAGGUCUUUAAUGUCACCUGGUUGAUU